UCAUUUACCAAAUAUCCAAAAGAGAUGCCGCUUUAGAACCAACUUCUUUUGGUUAUAAAUAUUUGAAGGUUCAUUCUCUUGAGAUAAUUUCCAUCCUCUUAGGUGAACAGCAAAAGAUCAUUUUUGAAGUUUUCUGCAGAUUGGUAUCCAUGACAGAAGAAAAACAAGGACAAGGAACUAACCCUCCUCAUGAGCAGCCAAACGAAUCAUUGCUAAGGACUUACAACCAACGUUUAAGGAGAAAUAACCCUACUAAAACAAGUUGGCCAGAGCUAGUUGGUGUCACUGUUGAAGAAGCAAAGAGAAAAAUAAAGGAAGAGAUGUCUGAGGUUAAAAUAGAAGUGGUGUCCCCUGGUUCAUGUGUUACCUUUGAUUUGAGGUACGAUAGAGUUCGAUUGUAUGUUGAUGAAUUUAAUAAUGUCUUCAGUACUCCAAAAAUUGGCUAAUCAAUC